AUGGGCGCCUACAGGUGGCAACGCAGCGACGGCAUCAGGGCUUGUACCGGGUACUUACACCGUAACGGUAAAAGAUGCCAACAACUGUACGCUUUCCCGUACAGUUUCCAUUACACAACCUGCGGCUCUGAGCGCAACGAUUUCAGGAACAAAUAUCUCCUGCGGCGGUGGCACUAAUGGAACAGCCAGUGUGUCUGUGAGCGGUGGUACAGGUGCUUAUACCUAUAGCUGGACGCCUUCCGGAGGAACAGCUGCCACAGCAACGGGCCUGGGAGCAAACAACUAUACAGUAACGGUAAAAGAUGCUAAUCUGUGUACGCUUACGCGUACCAUUGCCCUGACUGA